AAAAAUUGUGUUUUCUCAUUAAAUAAAUUAAACAAAGUAACAACAACAAACACAUACAACAUGCGAAAUAUACACUUUCACAUCGUGACCAAAGUACUGCUACUCAGCUUUAUUUUCACCACCACACAGCUGUCGUCAACAGCGUCACUUGCUGCUGAAGUGGAGGAAGAUUGUCCGCCAAUCUCGAACGCUACAAACUUACAACAAACACAACUAAUCCAGCGGUUAACGCACGUAUGCCGUUAUGAUCGUUUGGAGCGACCAAUCGAAUAUGGCAUGAAUGGUGAACGUCUGCCCGUUACUGUUACGGCGCGCAUCUACGUGUACUUCUUGCAAAAUCUUAAUUCCGACUUGUUGCAAUUUAAAAUGCACGCGCUACUGCAGUUAAGCUUCAACGACAGUCGUCUGGCUUACAAAGAGUUGAAGCGACACGACAAUAUCAUCGGGCAGAAACAUUUGAGCGAACGCCUUUGGCUGCCGCAUAUCUUCUUCGCCAACGAACGUGACUCCAGCAUUUUGGGUACAGAUGAGAAAGAUGUUUUGACCUCGAUAUCGCCCGAAGGACGUGUCGUCAUAUCGCAGCGUUUGCAGGCAACGCUCUAUUGUUACAUGAACUUCAAGAAGUUUCCCUUUGACGAGCAAUUCUGCGCGACUGUAUUGGAGAGUUGGAUGUACAACAAAACGGAAAUGGUGCUCAAAUGGGAGCCUUAUUCGCCGAUCUCAUUCGAUCCGGAAAUGCAUCUAACCGAAUAUUAUAUGCAAGGCUUUUGGUAUAACGAAACGAUUGUUAACUCGGAUGGUAUUAAUUUGCGACAUGGAUCGUUCGUUGGUAAUUACAGUUCACUCAGUUUUACGGUUCAUCUUAGCCGUGAGACCGGUUACUAUUUGAUGGACUAUUUCUUGCCCUCAAUGAUGAUCGUUGCAAUUUCGUGGGUUUCAUUUUGGUUGCAGGCCGAUCAGUCCCCUCCCCGUAUCAUGUUAGGCACCAGCACUAUGUUAUCAUUCAUCACAUUGUCCUCAUCCCAAACGAAAACCUUGCCCAAAGUCAGUUAUAUAAAAGUAUCUGAAAUUUGGUUUCUCGGCUGCACAUUCUUCAUCUUCGGCAGUUUGGUCGAAUUUGCCUUCGUCAAUACGAUUUGGCGACGCAAAGAAAAUGUGGAAUUGAAAAAAGUGAAUAGUAAAUACAUAGUGAAGGCCUCGCUAACACCGCGUCCAACCAGACGCGAUAUAAAUAAGAAUAAUCUGUCGCGCACGCGCUCCUGUUCCAGUCUCGAUAAUAUAACAUCCAGCACGGAAAGCGUAUUGAAGGGUAAUUCCAAUCCGGGUUACAACAAUUACCUAACUGUACAUAACCUACCGAUUAUUACCACCGAGUGCGCAGACACAGCUUCUGUGACGAGUGAGCGCAAUAGCAACGGUACUGAUCAUGUCAUUAAUAUUGAUAAGGGUGGAAAUUACGGCAUGAGUGAUAAGGAGAAGGAAGCAAAUCCUGAUCAUACAACAUUUACAACAAUGACACCACAAGAGAUCGCCAUGUGGAUCGAUCGGCGUUCACGUUUCCUAUUUCCGGUUAUGUUUUUGGCUUUCAAUGCGCUCUACUGGACAUUUGUCUAUUGCUUUUGAUACAAUCCAAACGAACAUACAUACGCACACACAUACACAGCUAAUUUUAUAAGAACAUUGUAGUAUUAUUUAGCAAUUAGCAUAUACUUAUAUAUGUACAUACCAAAUAAUAUUUUUAAGUUACCGUUUUACAUAAGCAGAUAUAUACGUAUACUAUGUAUGUAACUCUGUAGAUAAACCGCUUAUAUACUAUAAAUGUAUGUAACAGUGCAACAUUUAGCUUGCCUUUUCCCGCAAAACUAGUCACUAAGUCAGCUAAAACGCAUACAUAUAUACUUACCUAAAUACAUACGUACGUAGUUGCAUAUGUAGGUAUAUAUUUAAGUUUCAUUCAUUUGUACUUAAAUGCAUGAAGGCAUUCAACAAAAUCUUCCGUUCUAUAUAUAUACAUACGUAUAUGUAAAUAUAUAUACAUAUAUACAAACAAAUGUACAUCCAUACAUAUGUAUGUAUCUAGAGAGUUCUUGUGCCAAUAGACCGAACACGAAGAUUCUACAAUUUUUACACA